AUGGGCGGACGACAGGCCCACGGAAGGUCCCUUCUGGCAGCUCCCAAGGCCAAGGCUGGCAACAAUAAAAAGUCAAAAGCGAGAUCGCAGAAGAAUGCGCUCGACGCAUUCGGUAUUGCACAGGAAAACUUCGCGCCGAAGGAAAAGCGAACGCCUCGAGCGAGAGAACUAGAUGCCGAGAUUGAGCGAAAACAUGGCCGAGACGACGAGGACGAAGACGAGGAAGAGGAGGAGGAGGAGCCACAAAGAAAGAAGGUCAAGAGGCCUAACCGAUCUGCAGACGAUGCCGCCGACUAUGGAAGCGACAGUGAGGGAAACGAAUGGCAAUUGGGAGGUCUAAGAGAGGAUGACGAUGACUCUGAGAUUGAGAGUGACGAUGCGUUUGGCGACAGUGACGAGGACAAGUUCGAAGGAUACACAUUCCGAGGCAGCAAAUCAACAAAGCCCGAUGUAGGUUCAUUUGAUACCGUUGAAACUGAUUCUAAGUCUAACAUGGAAAAGGACGACUCAGAGGACGAUUCUCAAGACGAUGAGGGCGAAACCCUUGGCGCAGACGCAAUCGACCUAGCAACUGCUCUCGACCAAUUCGAGGAGUCUGAUGACGAACCCCAGCAAAAUGAACAGUCCGGAUCUUCAGACUCCGACGAUGAUGCAUCCGACGAGUCGGAGGAAGACGACGACGAUGACGACAGCGAUGAGGAUGACGAGGAUGUGAGCCCAGAAAAGCUAGAAGCUCUUCAGGGUCUCAUCAAGGGAUAUGGAGGCCAGAAGGACGACGGAGACGACAAGCCCAAGUCAAAACCUAAGAUCAGCCUGAGUGAUCUCGGAUUGACGGGUAUCAACGACGCAAACGUGAAGAAGUCUAUGAAGCUCAUGAGCAAGGAAGAGAAGGAUAAGCGCCCUGGUGUUUCUAAGAAGCUAGACGUGCCUCUGGGCAGAAGACAACAGGAUCGCCUGGAUCGAAGUGCGGCUUACGAAAAGACCAACGAGACCUUGGAUCGAUGGAACGAUACAGUCAAGCAUAACCGAAGAGCUGAGCAUCUCAUGUUCCCUCUACCUCAGAACUCAGCGACUGCCGGCCUCGACACCACUGAGCUCCAACCUCUUACGACCUCUAACCCAAGCAACGAGCUCGAGUCUGCCAUCAUGUCCAUCAUGGAGCAGAGUGGUCUGACUAUGGACCAACCUAAAAAGCUUAAGGAGAAGGAUUACGACGAAGAAGGCAACGAGCUUACUCGUAAAGAGGCUCUGGCCCGCAAGCGCAUGGAGCGUGAACUAAACUCCCGAGAGGCUAAGCGAGCCAAGCGCAUCAAGAAGAUCAAGAGUAAGGCGUACCAUCGUGUGCACAGAAAGCAGCGUGAGCGCGAUGAGAUGGCUACUAAGGAGGCUAUGGAUGAGGCUGGCGAGAUUGACUCCGAAGAAGAGCGCGAAGCUCAGGAUCGUCGACGUGCAUUGGAACGUGUUGGACAGCGACACAAGGACAGCAAGUGGGCCAAGAUCGGCAACAAGACAAAGCGAGCUGUAUGGGACGAUGAGUUCCGCUCAGGUCUAACCGAGAUGGCACGUAAGGAUGAGGAACUUCGAAGGAGAAAGGAGGGUCGUGCCGGUGGCUCUGACGAGUCAUCCGAUUCUGACAGCGACUCUGAUGCUGGCGAUGCGACUUUACGCCGACAGCUGGCGGCCCUUGAGGAGGAGGAAGAUACGCCUCAAAAGGGUUUGAUGGGCAUGAAGUUCAUGCAGAAGGCUGAGGCUGCUAAGAAGGAGGCAAAUGAUGCUCUUAUCAAGCAGAUCCGACGAGACCUCGAUGGUGAAGAGUUUGACGCUUCCGCAGAUGAGCUAGAGGAGGUUGGUCGACGACAAUACGGUGCUGCUGAUGGCAAGCCUUUCAAGCCAGCCUUUGAGACAUCAACCAAGGCAUCUAAGAAGCGCAAGUCUAAGGACGAGGAGGAGGAAGAUGAUGAUGAUGUGAUAAUAACCACUAACGGUGCUGGCAGCAACCCUGCUAUCCCCAACAUCACAUCCCGCUCCGAGCCCGCCGCCGCAACAACCGCAGGCGCAUGGUCUCGCGGCGAGACUCGCCGCAAGAAGAAGGGUCAGUCCAGCGCGAACCUCGGCGAUCUCGACCUCACAUCCAACGUCAUCGUCGCCUCGCGCCCCAAAUCAAAGUCCAAAUCAAAAACUCAGACUGCCGACGAGGGCUCAGACGCCGAGUCUGAGACAGACCAGCAUCUUCCCAUGGCGAUCCGCGAUCAAGAGAUGGUCGCCCGUGCUUUCGCAGGCGAGGACGUGGUGGGCGAGUUCGAGGCCGAGAAGGCUGCUGUCGCAGAGGAUGAGGAUGACAAGAUAGUUGACAACACACUACCCGGUUGGGGCUCAUGGGUUGGCGACGGCGUCAGCGCAAAGGAGAAGAAGCGCCACCAGGGCCGAUUCCUUACAAAGGUCGACGGUAUCAAGAAAAACAAUCGCAAGGAUGCCAAGCUGGAAAAGGUCAUGAUCAACGAGAAGCGCAUCAAAAAGAACGAUCGCUACCUCGCAAACCAGCUCCCUCACCCCUUCGAGUCCCGGCAGCAAUACGAGCGCUCGCUGCGUCUGCCUGUCGGACCAGAGUGGCAGACAAAGGAGACGUUCCAGGACACCACCAAGCCUCGUGUACUCAUGAAGCAAGGCAUUAUCACGCCCAUGUCGAAGCCUACUAUCUAG